UACCUGAUCCAUGUCUUGUCCAAGUUUUGUCACGUUUUUUCCCCCAUGUUUUGUCCAAGUUCUGUCUUUGUUAUGCUUUGUUCGUCGAUUUUUGUCUAUGUUUUUUUGUCCAUGUUUUAUCAUAGAGGGCGCCAUGCGGGUAGUUCUUUAAAGGGAAAUUCCCACAAUCAAUUUCACCCAAUCUGACUUUAAUAUCUAAUUCAGGAAUUCCAUCAGUUUUAACAAUGUCGACGUACUUGGGCCUCGAUUUCAGCACACAGCAGUUGAAAAUCCUUGCCACGAAUAAUGAUCUGGAAGUUUUAACAGAAGUAUUCGUACAGUUUGAUACUGAUCUUAAGGAAUACAAGACCAAAGGAGGUGUUCAUAUCCAUGAAGAUCAACUAACGGUAACAGCACCAACAGAAAUGUGGGUAAAAGCACUUGAUCUAGUGCUUGAGAAACUACAGAAGCAAGACUUUGAUUUUUCCACUGUUGCCGCAAUAUCUGGUACUGGACAGCAACAUGGCAGUGUGUAUUGGAAAAAUGGGUCAAGCAAGACAUUGGAGAACUUGGACAACUCCCAAAGCCUUCACGAACAACUUAAAGAUUGUUUUUCUUUAAAAAAUUCCCCUAUCUGGAUGGAUUCGAGCACAACAGCAGAGUGCAAGCAUUUAGAGGAUACAGUGGGUGGUGCACAAGCAUUAUCCGACAUCUCGGGAUCACGUGCAUAUGAACGAUUUACGGGAAACCAAAUUCGGAAAGUUUUUGUGAACCAGAAGCAAGAUUAUGAUAAUACGGAGAGGAUAUCGCUCGUCAGCAGUUUUGCUGCGUCAUUAUUACUCGGCAAAUACGCACCAAUAGAUCAUAGUGAUGGAUCCGGGAUGAACCUUCUUGAUAUUCGACAAAAGAAAUGGAGUCAACAAUGUCUAGAUGCAUGCGGGGAGGAUUUAGCUUCAAAACUUGGAUCUCCUGUGCCAUCUGCAACUAACUUGGGCUCUAUAUCUUCUUACUUCGUGAAGAAAUACGGUUUCAAACCUGAUUGCCAAAUAGUUGCUUUUACUGGUGAUAACCCUGCUUCUCUUGCUGGGUGUAGACUCCAGAGAGGUGAUGUAGUAGUGAGUCUGGGAACUUCUGACACACUUCUGUUGUGGCUUGAUGAGCCUCUACCCUCCUUGGAAGGCCAUAUAUUUAUCAACCCAAUAGAUGACGAUGCAUACAUGGCACUGUUGUGCUUCAAAAAUGGGUCGUUAACAAGAGAGCGAUUUCGAGAUCAAUUUAGUUCGGGUUCCUGGGAGAAAUUUUCCGAUCAACUCCGUACCACACCUGCUGGCAAUGAUGGGAACCUGGGCAUUUUCUUUGAUGUUAUGGAAAUUACACCAGCAAUUGAAGGCCAGUAUAGAUUUGACUUCAAUGAUAGGAUGGUAAGGUCAUUCCUCCCAGCACAAGAAGUACGUAGUUUGAUUGAAGGACAGUUUCUUGCCAAACGAUAUCACGCUGAAAAACUUGGGUAUCAACUUGGUCCUCACACCCGUGUGUUGGCCACUGGUGGUGCUUCAAGAAACCAAGAAAUUUUGCAGGUUUUAUCUGAUGUAUUCCAGUCACCCGUAUACACACUCGACACUUUGAACUCAGCAUGUCUUGGUUGUGCUUACAGAGCAAAACAUGGUAUCAGUGGAAACGAUUCAUUUUCAGAAGUGUUUCGUAGCCCUGCAAAUUAUAAACUUGCAGCCAGACCCAAGAAUGUAGAAUAUGAUGUGGACAGAUAUGGAAGGGUGGAAAACUCUUUGUUUAAUAUUGUUUAAUAAUUAAAUGUAUUAAUGCCUUCAGGAAAAUUAGUUUGAUUUAAUUUUUAUAUGACAUUAAUUUGCCUUUUCAGUGUAUGUUUAAUUAUUUUUUUUGUUUAUGAAGCAAAAAUAUUAAAUAAGUUUUUGGUUUGAAAUGUAAUUUUGAAUUUCGUGCAAUCUAUUAUUGCAAAUGUAAUUAGUGUUAUUUCUAAUCGUGCAAUAAAAACGGCGUUGGAAAGUAUGAA